UGCACGUUAAAUAAUUUCAACCCGAGCUGGAGAGUUGGCCUUUUGGUUUUAGUAAUACAGUACAACCUACGUAACUCCAUAUACAGCAUGGCGCUCUCUAUUGCCAUUCUGGAUUGUGACUUGCUGUUACAUGGUCGUGGUCACAAGACACUGGACCGAUUUGACGUGGGCUCGGUAUCAGAUGACUUCCUCCUUACACAGUUUGGCUUCCCCAGAGAGUUCAUCUUGUACUUGGUGGAAUUACUCAGAGAGUCACUCUGUAGACGCACACAGAGGUCUAGAGCCAUCAGUCCCGAGGUCCAGGUUCUGGCCGCGUUGGGCUUCUACACAUCAGGCUCUUACCAAACAUCAAUGGGAGACACUAUUGGAAUCAGCCAAGCAUCCAUGUCCAGAUGUGUGUCCAAUGUAACCAAAGCUUUGGUUGAGAAAGCUCCCCAGUUUAUCACAUUGAAUAGAAACGCAGUAAUUCGAGAGCAGACCUUCCAGGAAUUUCAGAGGGUGGCGGGAUUGACGGGGGUUCUCGGAGUGUUGGAUCGUGUUCAGGUCGCCAUUAAGGCUCCGAACAGCGAAGACUCGUCAUACGUGAACAAGAAGGGAUUUCACUCCAUUGGCUGUCAGCUUGUUUGUGAUGCUAGAGGCUUGUUACUCAGCGCAGAAACCCACUGGCCCGGUGGGCUUAAAGCUGUAGAUGUACUGGAAAGAUCUGCCCUUUACAAAGAACUGCAGGAAAAUGAGGAGGGCUAUUUGCUGGGUGACAGCAGUUAUCCUUUAAAGAAAUGGUUGAUGACCCCGGUGGAAUGCCCCGAAUCUCAUGCAGAGUUUGGAUACAAUCUUGCUCAUACGGCUACACAUGAGAUUGUGGAUAGAACGUUUCGGGCCAUCCAAACUAGAUUUAGAUGUUUAGAUGGCACCAAAGGAUAUUUGCAGUACUCACCAGAAAGGAGUUCAUCCAUCGUGCUGGCUUGUUGUGUUCUCCACAACGCCUCUCUGCAGUCAGGAUUAGAUGCCUGGACUCUGGAAAGGACAGACCCCCUAGAGCAGCCUGAAACUUUAGAGCAAAGACCUGAAGACCGUGACAGUCAGGCUGAAGAGGUGCGCAAACAGCUCAUUCUUAAACACUUCAGCUAAUGUGAGCCUGGACUGCUGGACAAUUUUAAUGCACACGUGGCGCUCACAUUGGCUAGAGUUCUAUUCAAAGCAAGAAAAUCAAGAGACUGUGAUGCUGAUGCAGAUUUUUAAUAUUUUGCUGGGUGCUACUCUAUUGACUAUACUACUUUAACAUAGGCAUAAAUGGAGGAACAUGCAAGACACUGUACAAUAACAACAAUCCUCUGUGGACACAACUUGAUUUUUCUUAGGUAUUCUCAACCUUCCCAAAACAAUUUAGUUUCAUUGUUAUCCAGAAUUGGUGAAAAGGGACUGAACCUUUAAUCUAAAUAUUUUUUUCCCCAUUAAAGGACUUUGAGACAUGUUUCCACAGGCAACAGUGUUGUUGCAAUACACAACUAGUUCCAUAUUUACGUUUUUAUGUAGAAAGUACACAAAUGCAUUGACAUUGUUAAGGCAAGCAUGACAAAAUGGCGUUUUUUUUG